UGAGGGCGUGUAUGUCUGUCUGAGGCGGAGAGAGCGAGAGUGAGUGAGUGUUGAGUGCGGGGUGGGGUGGUGGCCGUUACGUUCGGGGCAACGGCUACGGCAGUGAGAAGUAAGAAGAGAAACAACGUCCGGCGCUUCCGCCUUCGCUUAGGAGGAGGAGGAGCUGGUAGGGAAAGGAAACUGAUUCGCCCUGGGCCUGGACUAGAUCGAGUCGGGCCGGUGGGGUCUAGGCUAUGAGCCUUUGAGGGUCGCUUGGGACGCGGAGCGAGACACGAGAGCCGAGAGCUAUGUCUCAGCCGCCGCCGCCGCCUCCGCUGCCGCCGCCACCUCCUCCCCCUGAGGCUCCGCAGACUCCGUCGUCUUUGGCGGCGGCGGCGGCAGCUGCUCCAGGGGGGCUCUCGAAGCGGAGAGACCGGAGAAUCCUUUCCGGGAGCUGCCCGGAUCCGAAGUGCCAGGCGCGUCUGUUCUUCCCGGCCUCCGGUACUGUCAGCAUCGAGUGUACCGAGUGCGGACAGCGGCACGAGCAGCAACAGCUGCUGGGGGUGGAGGAGGUGACCGAUCCGGACGUAGUGCUGCACAACCUGCUGCGGAACGCUCUGCUCGGGGUGACGGGAGCACCCAAGAAGAACACGGAACUGGUAAAGGUGAUGGGCCUUUCCAACUACCACUGUAAAUUGUUGUCGCCCAUAUUAGCUCGCUAUGGAAUGGACAAACAGACAGGCCGAGCCAAGCUUCUCCGGGAUAUGAACCAGGGUGAACUGUUCGAUUGCGCUUUACUGGGUGACCGCGCUUUCCUUAUAGAACCAGAGCACGUUAACACGGUGGGCUAUGGCAAGGACCGCUCAGGAAGCCUUCUAUAUUUGCAUGACACUCUUGAGGAUAUCAAACGAGCCAAUAAAAGUCAGGAAUGCCUCAUUCCAGUGCAUGUGGACGGGGAUGGACACUGCCUGGUGCAUGCUGUGUCUCGAGCUCUAGUAGGCCGGGAGCUCUUCUGGCAUGCCCUGAGAGAGAAUCUAAAACAGCACUUUCAGCAACACCUGGCCCGAUAUCAAGCCCUGUUUCAUGACUUUAUCGAUGCCGCUGAGUGGGAGGACAUUAUCAAUGAGUGUGAUCCUCUGUUUGUGCCACCUGAGGGUGUUCCCUUAGGUUUGAGGAACAUCCACAUAUUUGGCCUUGCUAAUGUGUUGCAUCGUCCCAUAAUUCUGUUAGAUUCCCUUAGUGGCAUGAGAAGCUCUGGUGAUUAUUCAGCCACCUUUUUGCCUGGGCUCAUACCUGCAGAGAAGUGCACUGGAAGAGAUGGUCAUUUGAACAAACCAAUCUGUAUUGCAUGGAGUAGCUCUGGUAGAAACCAUUAUAUUCCCUUGGUAGGCAUAAAAGGGGCUGCUCUGCCCAAACUGCCUAUGAAUUUGCUUCCUAAAGCAUGGGGUGUGCCUCAGGACCUUAUUAAAAAGUACAUCAAACUCGAGGAAGAUGGUGGUUGUGUUAUUGGAGGUGACAGAAGUUUGCAAGAUAAAUACUUACUUAGGCUUGUUGCUGCUAUGGAAGAAGUCUUUAUGGAUAAACAUGGUAUCCAUCCUAGUUUAGUUGCUGAUGUCCAUCAGUAUUUCUAUAGAAGGACAGGAGUGAUAGGAGUUCAGCCUGAAGAGGUUACAGCAGCUGCUAAAAAGGCAGUAAUGGAUAAUCGCCUUCACAAAUGUUUGCUCUGUGGUGCCCUUUCUGAACUUCAUGUUCCUCCAGAGUGGUUGGCUCCAGGAGGGAAACUGUAUAACUUGGCAAAAAGUACUCAUGGACAGCUGAGGCCUGACAAAAAUUAUAGCUUUCCCUUGAACAAUUUGGUUUGCUCAUAUGAUUCAGUGAAAGAUGUUCUGGUACCAGACUAUGGGUUGAGUAACCUAACGGCUUGUAAUUGGUGCCAUGGCACAUCUGUGCGAAGAGUCAGAGGAGAUGGAUCUAUUGUGUAUUUGGAUGGAGACAGAACUAAUUCUAGGUCCACUGGUGGCAAAUGUGGUUGUGGAUUCAAACACUUUUGGGAUGGUAAAGAGUAUGACAAUCUGCCAGAAGCUUUCCCUAUCACUUUGGAAUGGGGAGGAAGAGUGGUCAGAGAAACAGUGUACUGGUUUCAAUAUGAAAGUGAUCCAUCUCUGAAUAGUAAUGUUUAUGACGUUGCAAUGAAACUUGUUACCAAGCAUUUUCCAGGUGAAUUUGGGAGUGAAAUCCUCGUUCAGAAAGUUGUCCACACCAUAUUGCAUCAGACUGCCAAAAAGAAUCCUGAUGAUUAUACUCCUGUAAAUAUAGAUGGUGCUCAUGCCCAAAGAGUCGGAGAUGUGCAAGGACAAGAAUCAGAAUCUCAGCUUCCAACUAAAAUUAUUCUUACUGGACAGAAAACAAAAACUUUGCACAAGGAAGAAUUAAAUAUGAGUAAAACUGAAAGAACUAUUCAACAGAAUAUUACGGAACAGGCUUCUGCAAUGCAGAAACGGAAAACAGAGAAGUUAAAACAAGAACAAAAGGGGCAGCCCAGAACUGUUUCUCCCAGUGCCAUUCGUGAUGGGCCAUCCUCUGCACCUGCCACCCCUACCAAGGCUCCCUAUUCACCUACAACUUCCAAGGAGAAGAAGAUUCGAAUAACAACUAACGACGGAAGACAGUCCAUGGUUACACUUAAGUCUUCAACAACCUUUUAUGAACUUCAGGAAAGUAUAGCCAGAGAAUUCAACAUUCCUCCAUAUUUACAGUGUAUUCGCUAUGGCUUUCCUCCUAAAGAGUUAAUGCCACCACAGGCAGGAAUGGAAAAGGAGCCAGUUCCUUUACAGCACGGUGACAGAAUCACAAUAGAGAUUCUAAAAAGCAAAGCAGAAGGUGGUCAGUCUGCUGCAGCACACUCUGCCCACACUGUGAAACAAGAAGAGAUUGCUGUUACUGGUAAACUGUCAUCUAAGGAACUUCAAGAGCAAGCUGACAAAGAGAUGUACUCCUUAUGUCUUUUAGCAACAUUAAUGGGUGAAGAUGUAUGGUCUUAUGCAAAGGGACUUCCUCACAUGUUUCAGCAGGGUGGCGUAUUCUACAAUAUUAUGAAGAAAACCAUGGGUAUGGCUGAUGGCAAGCAUUGUACUUUUCCACAUCUACCUGGCAAAACUUUUGUCUAUAAUGCUUCUGAAGAUAGACUGGAGUUGUGUGUGGAUGCUGCAGGACAUUUCCCCAUCGGUCCUGAUGUUGAAGAUUUAGUUAAAGAGGCUGUAAGUCAGGUUCGAGCAGAGGCAACUACAAGAAGUAGAGAAUCAAGUCCCUCACAUGGGCUUUUAAAACUAGGUAGUGGUGGAGUAGUGAAAAAGAAAUCUGAGCAACUUCAUAAUGUAACUGCCUUUCAGGGAAAGGGGCAUUCUCUAGGAACUGCAUCCACUAAUCCACAUCUUGACCCAAGAGCUAGGGAAACUUCAGUUGUAAGAAAGCAUAAUAUAGGGACAGACUUUAGUAAUAGUUCCACUAAAACAGAGCCUCCUGUGUUCACAGCUGCUCCUAGUAACAGUGAGCUUAUUCGAAUAGCUCCAGGAGUAGUAACAAUGAGAGACAGCAGGCAGCUUGAUCCUGAUUUGGUUGAGGCCCAGCGAAAAAAAUUGCAGGAAAUGGUUUCUUCUAUUCAGGCUUCAAUGGACAAACACUUGCGGGAUCAAAGUACAGAGCAGUCACCAUCUGAUCUUCCUCAAAGAAAAGUAGAAGUUGUGAGUUCUGCAAGGUCUGGGAGUCUUCAAACUAGCUUGCCUGAAUCUUUUUCUUUAACUGGUGGCACUGAAAAUUUGAAUACAGAAACAACUGAUAGCUGUGUGGCAGAUACACUGGGAGCAGCAUUUGUCACAAGGUCAAAAGCACAAAAGGGAAGUUCCGUGGAGGAGCCUGAAGAGAUGGAUAGUCAAGAUGCUGAGAUGACUAACACAACUGAGCCAAUGGAUCACUCUUGAUUUAAUUAGAGGCUAAUAAAGGCAGAAUGUUUAUUGUGAA